GCGAGCAAGUGGCGGGACCGCGGGGCCAAGGGAAUGCGUAAUUUACUGCCCCCGGCAUGAACUCUGGGGUACGGAUGCUGACUCGCAGUCGGAGCCGCGCGUCCAGGAUCGCGUCAGAAGGGUGUGGGGAGGAGCUCGCCCCGCGAGAGGCUGCCGCAGAAGGAAGGAAAAGCCGCAGGCCUGUGAGACAUCCACGGAAGACACAGAAGGUGCAUGUGGCCUAUGAGGCUUCUAAUGGUGAGAAAGGUGAGGCCAAUGAGGCCCUCAAAGUACCAGUUUGGGAGCCCCAGAAUUGGCAGCAGCAGCUGGCCAACAUUCGCAUCAUGAGAAGCAAGAAGGACGCACCUGUGGACCAGCUGGGUGCUGAGCACUGCUACGAUGCCAGUGCCCCACCAAAGGUGCGGAGGUACCAGGUACUCUUGUCGCUGAUGCUCUCCAGCCAGACCAAAGACCAGGUUACAGCAGGUGCCAUGCAGCGCCUACGGGCCCGGGGUUUGACUGUGGAAAGUAUCCUGCAGAUGGAUGAUGACAUGCUGGGCAGGCUUAUCUACCCUGUGGGCUUCUGGAGGAACAAGGUAAAGUUCAUCAAGCAGACAACCACCAUCCUGCAGCAGCGCUACGAAGGGGACAUCCCUGCUUCAGUGGCGGAGCUGGUAGCCUUGCCAGGUGUUGGGCCCAAGAUGGCACACUUGGCCAUGGCUGUGGCCUGGGGGACCGUAUCAGGCAUAGCAGUGGACACUCAUGUGCACAGAAUAGCCAACAGACUGAGAUGGACCAAGAAGGUGACCAAGUCCCCAGAGGAGACACGCACAGCCUUGGAGGAGUGGCUGCCCAGGGCGCUGUGGAGUGAAAUCAAUGGGCUGCUGGUAGGCUUCGGCCAACAAACCUGUCUCCCUGUCCAUCCUCGCUGCCAGACCUGCCUCAACCAGGCCCUGUGCCCUGCUGCCCAGGACUUCUAAGGGUCAUAGGGCUUCCUCUGGCCAGUGUCUCUUAAGUGCCUUUAUGGGGAGGGGUAGUAAGAUUUGGGGGUUGUUUGCAGGGUGUAUAAUAAAGCUGGGGAUUUAUUCACAA